CUCUGUGAAAGUUUACUCAAUAAAAUGAGGGAAGUUUCUGGUAAGGUCCAGAGGGAUUUCAGUGUGGUGGUGACCAAAGGGUUUUAUAAAAAUUUGAAAUAUCUUCUUCUAAUUAACCGAUGGGUGGGGUUGUUUCCCAUAUCUGUAUAUAAAAAAGGGGAUGGCUAUAUGUUGCAAUGGUCCUGGUUGAAAGUGAUUUUAGGGAAUGUUAUAGUGCUUUUGAUUGCUGUGCUGACUCUGUGGUGUACUCUGGCCUCGUAUUCUGUCGAAAAAGUUUAUGAUAUCCGUGUGAAAGGGUUGGCGGCCCUCAUAUCGAAUAUCGCGGAGAUUUUUAUGCUUUUUGUUACGUGGAUGAUCGGACAAUGGUCGAUUUCGGUUAAAUUUAAGGAGUUUUGGACGUUUCUUUUGUAUCUGUUAAAGAUUGAUGACCUUAUGGGCCAACCGGACCCUUCGAAAAAAACCUGGCUCCUCCUCCCGAUAAUCCUGUUAACUCUCACUUGUUUAACCCUGGACGCCUACAUGUGGGCCAAACUAAUUAUCCCUUUUACCGGCACCUUUGCCUACUUAUGGAAAUGCUUACCAUUUUACUUUCCUUACGCUUUCGUCAUGAUCCUGCAGGUGAAUUUCUGGAUUACUGUUCGGGAAAUAAAAAUCAGAUUAGGGAAAUUUAACGGUUUGAUAUCCGGGUUUAUUCACGUUACGGAUGCUAGAGGUAAGAGGGUAAGUAGGGACGGUCCGAGGAGUCGAAUUGAGUUUUUGAGUAAUAAUGGAAAAGUCGAUUUUAAGGAUCGAGCAGUAACCAUAAAAAGUUUUAUAAAGAUAUAUGAGAGUAUUGCAAAAGCCUCGUAUGCUUUAAACGCCUUCUUUGGCUUAAGUAUAUCAGUUAUAUUAUUUAACAUAAUAAUAUGCAUAGUAAUCACCCCUUAUGUACUUUACCAGCAGCUUUUUCAUUCGGGGGAGCAGACUUUUCUGUUUACACAAUCGUUUUGGAUGAUUUGCCAUAUUUUGAGGAUGUUACUGUUUGUUGAGCCUUACCAUAAUGCCCAACUUGAGGGUAUAAAAACCAAAAAGUUGGUAAUAAAGUUGCUUUUGCUUGAUUUGCCUGAAGACGUCCAUAAAGAGGUAAAAACUUUAUUAGUCCUAAUAAACGGGAAUAAAAUCGAAUUUAAUGCCAACGGAAUGACUUCUAUUAAUAGAACACUAUUUCCUAAAAUUGGCGGUGCUGUAUUCACUUAUUUGGCGAUACUGUUUCAGUAUAAAAAUAGCCCUUAACCAUAAUAUUUUUAUAUAAUUUGCACAUGUACUAAAAACAAAAAGGAAGGAGCAACCAAAGUGCGUCAAUAUAAUUAAGUUUUCAACC